AAAAUAAUAAACAUUAUACAGAUGUCAAAUAAAUCAAACUGUAAUUAAACUACACUCUUAAAAAUGCUGGGUUAUUUUGCUAACCCAACUGCUGGGUUAAGGCUGAUUUUUAAGCAGUUGGGUCAAUUUAAUACAACAUUGGGUCAAACAUUUUGACCCAGCAUGUUGGGUUAAAAGGGGCGGUAAAAAGAAAGAUCCUCCCCCUCGUCUGUGCCAGCUUCACCAUUUUAAAGUGGAGGAUGACAAGGACUUGCCUCAUUUCCAUGGACCUUCACACCAGCAAUGUUUAAAAAUAAGGUAAGAUGUUGAUGAUGGAGUUUGAAAAUGUGUUCUGGUAAAGCAGUUGAAGGCAGGUAAUGCAGUAAACAAAGAGAUUUUAAGCCUACAAGAGAUUUUCAACCGAAUAUAGCUUCGAGUAGCUAGCUAGCUAUAGCUUCCUAGCAUCAAUCUACUUCAUUAGAUAUAAUGGAACAGAAAAUCUGUGACACAACUAUCUGCUCCAGACAGUGUUUUACCAUUUGUCCACCCUCCCUUUGUUUGUUAGACAUGAUGAGGCUCAGGAAGUUAGGCUUACUAUGCAUAGCAUCCCCACUAGCAGCAGGGGCUCUUUAUGCUGCGGUCUGUGCAAUACCUCCCGCUACUUGUGUAGCUCAGCACUACUUCUUUGGUAGUACCAAUUCUACUAUACAUUUCUGUGGGGAAAUGAGACAGGAGACCAAUAGGCAUAGUGCUACAGGAGAAUAAUAGCUUAUCUAAGUGGUUGCGCGCAGCUUUCCCGCUACUGUAACUGUUGCCGGGCAGAUUACGUUCACAGGUUCAUAUGCAUGUUACAUAACGGCACGCGCGCCAACUCCACAACCCCUGUCCCUGGGGUGGGGAGCAAACAAAUGGCGGCGCAACGCGCAAACUGCUACUGCUUUCAGUUGACAACAGCUCGCGCUACAUAGCGGUGAAAUAAAAUAUAAUCAGUGUCAGUCAGAGUCGUGUGCAGCAGCGCACAAAUAAACGGGCGGACAUUAACGUGAAAGUUAAUAGGUUCCAGCUGAUGAAGCACGCCAAAGGUAAACUGCUUGAUAAUCCAUCCGAAUCAUGGGAGCCAGAGUUUCAUGAUAAUGCCCGGUUUAUUUCACUCAAGAUGGAUGAAUUUGUGAAGGACAAACUUCUGGAAUGGAACCUCUCUGAAUACAUCCCUGCUUUUGAAGCUGAAAAGAUUGACAAAGACAGCCUUUUCCUCUUGGAUGCGAACAGCUUGACGACUUUGAUACCUCUCCUGGGUCCACGCCUGAAAAUUCAGAAUAAUUUAAAAAGAUUACUUGAGGAUUCAAGCCCUAAACAAACGGAGUCUGUUUGUGCACCAGCUGACAAAUUGCAGCACGUGGCUCCUGUCCAGGGUGGAACAUCAUUUAAUAUCCGUGAGAUACUCAACAAAACACCUGAUGGAAGAGCAAUAGUUCACAGCCUUGAAGAAAGCCAUCACAUUUCUAUAAGUGAGAGAAGAUCCAUGGUCAGGAUACUUGUGUCCCACCUGAUUGAGUGCUUUGGAGAGAAUCCACCCUCGGAAUCAAAGGCAUUGCUGGCAUCAUCAGUAGUGGAGCAGUUUCCAUGUCUAAAGGACAGUCUUGGCACAGGCUAUGAUGCGUGGUUCACCCCAGGAAGGAAACAUAGACCUGCAACAGGAUUCCUAGAGGAAUGUCUCCGCAAUGUGCGAAAGAGGUCACGCUGCGACACCCAGAAUAAAUCAACACCUCAAGCGCCACAAAAAUGCCAGAUUGUUUUGCCUGAACCUACUGUAUCUCCAGAGCGAGCCAUCCAGAUGACAGAAUGGCUGAAAAACAAUAUCUGGCCACCAUCACAAGUUUCCCAGUAUAUGCUGGAGACCGCUAUCCAACGAGCCCAGUGGAUUAGAAGCAAUGGGACAAUGUCAAUCAGAGAAAUAAUGGCCGAGUUUCCACGUUUGGUUGACACUCCAGGCAUGAUUUCUCAGGACUUCUCUGUGCUACACCCAGACUCCUCAGAGAAAUUAACUGCAAGGUGGAGCCACGUGUUCUCCCGAAAGAUCAUCCGCAUGGCCAGAAAAGAAGACGCAGCUAACCGUCUCAUCGACAUAGAUUCGCUUCCAGCAGACAAACAGGAAGAUGCCGCUUUGUUGUUGCUCCCACUGAUUCUCCCUACUGCACCAUACAAAGUUGGAAGGAGACUCCUCCGACCCAGCAGCGUGGUUCGCAAGGCCUUCAUUGACAUCCAGCCAACUGGAACCAACAUGGUGGAGUACCUGACCGGGGCCACAACAGACGACCCACAUGUUCUUAUGCUUGGUGAAGACCAUCGAUGUUCCCAAGCAUUCGUUAUCCUCAAUGGGACUGCCAUGGAAUAUCCAUCACUUUUGGGGAAGGACCUGAUUGGUGUCCAGAACCUGCUGAAGAAGCACCAGGCUCUGCAGGCUGAGAUCACAGGUCAUGAACCUCGCAUCAAGGCUGUCACCCAGAAAGGAGAGACCAUAAUGGAGGAAGGUCACUUCGCUGGUUCAGAACCCUCGGCCCGUCAGAACAUUCUUAUCCACCACGUUCUAACACCAGACCUGUUAACCCGACAGCAACAAGUGGCUCCAACUGACGAUGAGACCGGGAAGGAGCUGGUUCUGGCUCUGUACGACUACCAGGAGAAGAGUCCUGGAGAGGUCACCAUGAAGAAGGGCGACAUCCUCACGCUGCUCAACAGCACCAACAAGCUGAAUGAGGAUGGAGAGACGGGUCGGACCUGGAGCAGGUCGAGGUCUUGCAGAAGAAGUUUGACGACUUCCAGAAGGACCUGAAGGCCAACGAGUCCCGCCUGAGGGACAUCAACAAGGUGGCAUCUGAACUGGAGUCAGAAGGUCUGAUGGCUGAGGAGGCUCCUAUGGUUCAGGCUCAGCAACAAGAACAUCUGGGUUCUGCUCCUGGAAAGGAUGAAGCCGACUCUAACCCCGGCUUUCCACAGGAGUUGUCAGCAGCACGUUACUGCAGCAGCACGUCAUAGCUGCUGAUAGGAACCGCUGUGGUCAACAGAACCUUUUCCACUGGAGCCGUCGGCAGCGAGAGUCGGCCGCGUCUCAGGAGCAGCAAGUUGCGGCCCUUACGCGCCGGUUCUAUUUUCUACGCGCGACGCCUCUGAAACGGGUCAAGUUCGACAUUUUUGGGGAAGGA